ACAUCAGAAGACAUUUCAGGCCAUCCAUCCAGUCGUCGAUUGAAUGAUGAUGAUCAACAAAAAGUCCAGGAAAUGUCUACAUCAGGUCGUACACCAAUUCAAGCUCUUCUUGAUGAGCUUGUAGAAGAAAAUAUUGAAUAUUAUUAUCAAUAUGAUCAAGAUAGAAAUUUAACUCACCUUUUUUUUGCAUAUCCAAAAUCAAUUAUACUUACUAAAACAUAUAACUCUGUUCUCUUAAUGGAUUGUACCUAUAAAACCAAUAAAUUUAAAAUGCCAUUAUUUCACGUCGUUGGCAUGACAAGUUUCAACACUACAUUCUCUUCCUGUUUUGCAUUCUUAAAAUCAGAGCAGGAAGAAGAUUACAAAUGGGCUCUUACAUGUGUUUUUCACAUUUUUGGUAACAUCCCAAAGCCCCAAGUUAUCAUGACAGAUCAUGAAUUAGCCUUAAUGAAUGUAAUAAAAACAGUAUUUCCAGAGUCAAAAAAUCUUUUGUGCAUUUGGCACAUUGAAAAGAAUGUAUUGGUUAAUUGCCGGCGUUAUUUUCAAACAGAUAUUGAAUGGUCAACAUUCAUGAAAAGCUGGUCUACCCUUAUAAAAUCCAAAACUGAAACCGAUUUUGAAAAUAACUAG